GAUUGGUUAUUGAGUGCACUCUUUGUUGCGGUGUUGGUUUUAUUUCCGGGGUUGUCUUCUCAAAAAGUCAGGAAGCAUGCUAGCUAACCUAGCAGUUUAAAGAUUCAGAAAUACAAAUGUGUCUAAUGAGCGUUAGCUGUGUUUGUUAGAGACAAAAGUCAGCGUACACUGAAAUGACCCAAGGAAGCGGUGGCACUGGCUUUGGUGUAUUGGUGAAACAACGUUAACGUUUAAGUGUAUCGGCAGAAGAUGAUAGAACCAGAGCUACUGACCGAGGUCCCUGCAGCACUUAAGCGGCUAGCCAAGCAGGUCGUAAGGGGUUUCUAUGGAGUUGAACAUGCCUUGGCCCUGGAUGUGCUCAUUCGCAACCCAUGUGUACGGGAGGAGGACAUGCUGGAGCUGCUCAAGUUUGAUCGUAAACAGCUGCGCUCAGUACUCAACACCCUGAAGGCAGACAAGUUUGUCAAGUGCCGCAUGAGAGUGGAAACGGCCCCUGAUGGCAAGACAACACGGCAUAACUACUACUUCAUCAACUACAGGGUACUGGUCAACGUGGUCAAGUAUAAAUUGGAUCACAUGCGACGGCGCAUCGAGACGGAUGAGCGAGACUCCACCAACCGUGCCUCCUUCCGUUGCCCCUGCUGCUUCUCCACCUUCACUGACCUAGAGGCCAACCAGCUGUUUGACCCCAUGACAGGUACAUUUCACUGCACCUUCUGCCAGACGGAGGUAGAAGAGGACGCAUCUGUGUGUCCUGACGGCAGGACACUAGUGGCGCGCUUCAACGAGCAGAUCGAACCCAUCUAUGCGCUGCUACGUGAGACCGAAGAUGUUAACUUGUCCCAGGACCUGCUGGAGCCUGAGCCUUCUGAGAUUCCUGCUCUCAAACAGAGCCGUGAACGUGCUGCUGCAGCAGCAGGAGCAAACUCAGGCCCACACCGUGAAGCCUGGUCUAACAAAGGCGCAACGUACGCUGACAUGUACACCCAGAAUGUUGUUAUCAGCAUGGAGGAACAGGAAGACCAGCAGAAACAGGCCAAUGAAGGCAAGGCACCUAAGGAGAGGCCCGUCUGGUUGACCCAGAGCACCGUGCAGGGUGCUUACAGCGAGCCUGACAUCCUGAAGAACCGUGGAGACGUUGUACCCGGAGCCCAGGAUGUAGCAGCUGGUCAUGGAAUUGGUCAGGCAGAUGAAAAUGAGGAAGUGAUGCGCGCCCUGCUCAUCCAUGAGAAGAGGGGUGCGGCAGGAGCAGGUGGAGGUGGAGCAAGCACUGCUACCAAGGGGCUUGUCUCCGCCACAGCUAACGCCAGCGACUCCGAGAGCGACACCAGCGAAUCGGACGACGACUCUCCCUUGGGUCCUCCCCCUGCCACAGCUACUCAGCAUCGGGCAGCCGAGGAGGAGGAAGAGGACGAUGAUGAGUUUGAGGACGUGGGGGAUGAGCCGAUGGUGAUGGUGGGAGGCCGGCAGUUCUCAUACCGAGAGGUCAGCCAGAGGCCAGAGCUAGUGGAGCAGAUGUCUGCACAGGAGAAGGAGGCCUACAUUGAAAUGGGACGAAACCUCUUCCAGGACAUGUACUUCUGAGCACACACGUUGAUAUAUGCAUACAUUAACACACACAUUGGAUUGGCUAUGAGUUUACCGAAAGUAUACUUCUGCUGUCUCACACUGUCAGUGGUAACAUCUGAGGAAAUGUUUGUGGACAACUUCUCAAGAGGAAAUCAAGACGCUGCUCAAGAAGUAUUUACAGUCAGCUUCUUGCUCUUGCAUUCUAAGAACCAGCGACAUGCUCUAACAGUGUUGCCUAAGUCAUCACACCUUUAGUAUUCUGUCCUAAGUAUUUUUUUUUUUUUAUUCAGUCACCAGACCAGAGUGCCAAUUUGUUUGUUUGUUAGUCUUUUUUUUUUUUUCAUUUCAGUUUACCAGGCCGUCUACACCAGUUAUGUUUUAGCCUUGUUUUCAGUCAUGCGUGUCUCUCAUGCAUCUGACGGGCCAGAUACGCUUCAAAUUUGAUCAAUACAUCUCUCUACACAAGUGUAUGUUUUAUGCUUCAAGUCUUUUUUCUUCAGACUUGUGUGUAUAACUAUAUUUAUUGUGCAUUUGGCUGUGAGCACUCCCAAAAGACAUCUGCAUGCAUAGCAGUGCUGUGGUUGAACGUAAGCAGUGUGACACUGAAAGACCGAAGCUGCUGAUAUUGUUGUGCUGCCGACUUUCACUACACUGCCUAUAUAGUGUAGAGAAGGUGUUGGGCCAAAUAUUUUCUGUUUUUCAAACAAUAUCAGACUAAAUUUUAAAAGCAGUAGUUUACAGUAAAACAUUUGUUAUUCUGAACAAUCUGUAAUAAAAAGAUACUGCAGUACAGCAAUAUGCAUGGACAUGUACUUGAUGUGUACAUAGUGAUGAAUAAGAAUUGUGUCCCAGCAUAUACACUUACAAGCAAUUCAGAAUAUAAAAGUAAGGAGCACUGUAACAUUUUUCUUCUCAGAUAGUAUCUAAAUUAUACCCCAAAGCUAUUUACAGGUGGACCUGUAUGUUCCACACCAUCCAGACCUUAUGUGUCUGGAUAUGAAUUGAUGCUACACCAUGGACCUACAUAUUGGAUCUGUUAUCAGCUGUUGGCUAAACAGCUACCAUUUUUAAAUGAUCAUUAAUAUCAAACAAUCUAAGCAGACAAAAUGUGUCACUAACAUAGAAAAACCAUGAUGAAACAAGGAGUGUAUAUCAUUUUAAAUUCACUUUUCAUAACUAUAUUGGCCUCAUUAAAAUACAUUUCUUUUUAGUUUUCUUUUUACUGUCCAUGGCAUAUCCAUAUGUUUGUUUUGUUCUCUACACAGUAAUGUCUCUUACUAUGGGUCAGGAGGUCAAUGGUAUGAUGGUCUAGCACCAAAACAUCGCAAAUAAAUGUAUUUUUGCAAGAUA